AUGGAAUCAUCCGCGUCCGGUUCAGGAGAAUCGCAAACUCAAAAAAGAAGUGUUAUUUGGAUGCAUUUCACCAAUAUAUCGGAAGCUAAUGCAAAGUCUAAUCUUUGUAAAAAUAUUUAUUCGCAUAAAAAUGGAAACAUUAGCAAUUUAAGGAAGCAUUUGAAAACUAAACAUCCGACUCUUUCAUUGGAAGGAGAAAGGGCAAAACGGCGGGUGGAAGACGAAAAUAUGCCUAGGUGCAAAAGGAACUUAGUUUCAGAGCCAUAUGUUGUACACUCCACCUUAGAGGAAGCAAUGUGUAUGAGUACCGUUGCUUUACACUAG